GCUCCAGUAACUGGCCGAGAGCUUCAGUACCCAGCUGGUUGCCGUCGCUGGUGUGCCGGUCUCACCUUCCCUGAGCGACCACCACCACUGCUGCUGCUGUUGCACCUCGCAUUUACAGCAGUCAUGGCGUGGCUCCAAGUACUGCUGUUAAGUGCAGCAUUUGUCACCUGCCUGGCCCAUAAAGGCGGCGGAGGAUAUUACGGUGGCGGCGGCUAUGGCGGCGGCUAUGGCCCGCCUAUAGUAUCCUAUGGCCAGCCAAUCGCCGCUCCAAUCUAUCCUGUGGCUCCGCCCAUCUCUUACGCUGCCAUCCCUGUCUACUCAGAGGUUGAAGAAUACGAUGAAUAUGAAGGCAAGAAGGGCGCCUUGGACCACAUAGUAGAGGGCAUAAAGAAGGGAAUAUCGUAUCUAGACUUCAGCAAGUUGAAGAAAAAAGGCGGCUACGGUGGGACACACACCAUCGUCCACGUCCCUGUACCCACCCCUGUUGUGAAACCGCAACCUCUACCGCCACCCAAGCCAAAGUUGCCGCCUCCACAGAAACCUCCGCCACCGCCACCGCCACCUCCCAAGAAACCCGCCCCCGUCAAGGUGCCGGUGCCUGUAUGUGAGCCCCUCACCAAGAUCAUCACCAAGGUUGUCACUGAGGCUCACCCGGUACCAGUGGUGCACACAGAGUUCGUAGAGAAUGUGGUACCUCAUGUGGUGUAUCAGACCAAGUUCGCUCAGCUGCUGGACACAGUCUAUGUCACCGACUACCUGACGGAGCGAGUCACUGUCACCUAUACCAAGUCUAUCGUCGUCCCCAAGGUCAAGUACGUUACGCAGACGGUGAAGGAGGUGCUAACGAACAACGUGUACCAGAGCACUGUUGAGGUGAGCUUCGAGCCCUUGUUACGAACGCUAGUUGUAACAGACACAGUAACAGCGACCCGAGUGGCUACGGUACCUGAUGUAAGGAUCUCUACCGUGGAGAAGCCUGUCAUCCUGCCUCCCUCAGAGUACCUCACCGUCACAGAGGUCGAGGUGUUGCCUUCGGUGGCCACACACCAGCAGUAUUACACCACUACCAUCUACAAGCAGAAUUACAUCACUAACACGCAAUAUGUCCCAGAUGUGCGUUACAUCACAAAGACUGAAUAUUUCCAGACAACGCAGGUGGUGAAAGACGUCGUCACAGUUACACCGAAAUGCCCGGGCUAUAAUUAUUAACUGUGGUCUGUUGUACUGCUGGGGUUACCUACUCUUAACCGGCCCUGAGCUAGAGCCUGGUGCUCACUGCUUUGUGGUUUAUGGACUAAAUCUCUGCUCCUGGUCCCACCUCUUAACUACUAAUGAUUGGUCACAUUACCGAGAGAUAAUCUUGAUUAUAAACUACAUUCCGCUGAGUAUACCUUUGUCACUUCACUGUCUGCAUGACUCCUGUCAUCAUUCCUCUUUAAGAACAUGCAUGGACUUUGCCUCCACUCUUUCUUAAUCCUGAUCGUUCCAUUUCCUUACCCAUCCUCGUAUCAUGUCUUAAACAUUAAUUUACCACCUUCAGGCUUUAGUAUUUUCUGAUACUCCUAUGACACAUUUGAGUCAUUAGUCCCCUUAAAAGUGUUUUGUUCUCCGUUUACCAUGUAUAUCGUAAUCAUGUUUCCUCUGUUCCAUUUCAACACACCAGCACUACUUCUUAUAGCCCUAUCAAUAUUCCUGUGGAAUAUCCAGCUCUCGUUCAACCAUAUUACUACCCCUCCCCCAGGGAAGAUACAGUAAUUUAUCCUGGUGAAGGGUUCUUGAUCCCAUGAAUUAGUAGUUUUCCCCUCCCUUGGAUCAAACCUGAUUGCCUAAUAUCCUUAGGAGGUUAUAUGCCCUUUAUAGUUUUGCCACUUUCCCCUAAUAAAUUAAAAAAAAUUGAAAGCGCCAGUUAUAUUUAGAACAUUGUUGCGGUCAAUUAUAUUUAUGGGAAGCGCUAAACUCGAAAGAGUUACACAGUUCCUGGGAAAUGGUAAGUAGUCAGGCACCUUAUGAGUGGCAGGAGAGUAAAAAUUUAGAGUCCACUACAUUUAUUAUAAUUAUAUUCGUGAGAGAAUACUAAACCUGUUAAGGUCAUGUGUCACUGGAGAAUAGUUAGUAAUCAGAUAUAAUUAAACGUAGGGCAGCUCCAGUUAGUUGGAUCAAGAUCCCUUCACCGGUAUCAAAGCAUCUUCGUAAAGGAGUGCUCACUACAUAUUGUCUCUGGCGUCAGAGAAACCGGGUAAAUUUCUGUACAUAUGAACUUGAAACAUAAGAUAUUUACAUCUUACUGUUCUUGUCAGCCUUAAUAUCUAGUCUACGUAAUUUUAGUAUUAGGACUUAUGGUGUCAGCCUGCGAGCCUUGUGUUGGAGGCUGGCAUGAGGCAGGCUGCGAGCCUUGUGUUGGAGGCUGGCAUGAGGCAGGCUGCGAGCCUUGUGUUGGAGGCUUGCAUGA